AUGGAGGGAGACUUCCCAAAGCCGUCGAGGGCCACGGGCCGGUUGGGAAGUGAGAAGAAUCUUUCCUUUAUCAGCCCGAUCUACUUUGAGAGUAUGGAGCAUGCAAGAGGCAAGAAGUGGAAAUCCAUAGAGAAGUCAAGGCAAGAGUAUGGAAAUUCUAAGUGUGAACAAGGGUCUGAAACUGAAGAGCAGCAGUGGGCUUCCAGUCAACCAAGCACAUCUACAGGUCUAUUGGCAACCUCAGCAAAGGGGAAAAAACGAAAAAGGUCUGCGAAGGAUGACCAAGCUUCCUGUCCAAAGGAGAAGGCACAAAGCAAUGACAGCCUACAGCCUCAGAAACCCAUCCCCCCAUUGCCCUCUAAACUGCCACCAGUCAACCGGCUUCACCAAGACAUCUUGCGGGCUUGGUGCCAGCAAUUAAAGAUCAGCUUCAAAGGCCAGAAAUUAGAUGCAUAUCGGAGACUGUGUGCCUCUGCUUAUCCAAAUCAGAAGAAUAUUCCUACCACAGCAAAGGAGGCCAGGAUUGAGUCAUCAUUACGAAGAAAAUUAAAGAUGGGCAGAGGGAAAGCAUCUGCAGAAAGUCCUCAGGAAGAGACGUGUUCUGAAAGGACUAAUCCUCCGGAAGUGGCUCCUCCACCUGCAGAGGCUUUUUCUAACCCCGAAGAGUCUGCAGCUCUCCUCGAGGGAGUUAAUACAAUUGAGGUGACAACCUCUGCCCCAGAGGCUGUGCUGGCCUCCUGGGCCAGAAUUGCAUCUGUGGCUGGGAAGAUGGAGUCAGCAGAAACAGCGGCCGUGGAAUCCCCACAAGAGGCCUAUGGUGUCAGGUGGUGUGUGGUGCAUGGGAGAAGUCUCCCUGCAAACAAAGGUGGUUGGGUUCACCUGCAGCUUCAUGCUGGACAAGCCUGGGUUCCUGAGAAGCAAAAAGGGAGAGUGUGUGCCCUCUUCCUUCUUCCAGCCUGCAGUUUCCCACCCCCACACCUGGAGGACAAUAUGUUGUGCCCGAAAUGUGUGCAAAGGAACAAGGUCUUAAUGAAAAGUCUCCAGUGGGAUUAG